AUGUUGGAUAAAGUAAUCUUAGGCCACGAACGUGGUGAAGAGAUCAAAAAACGUGUCUAUAAAAAGGCUAGCAGUGAGUUGUUGGCUAUUCUUGAGCAGUUUGGGGGAUCAAUAGUUUCUAAACGAUUUGAGAAUGUUGUGUUGUACUGUGAUAUCCCGAGAGACAUCAUGUUUCCGUUGGAUAUUGUCGAGAUAUUCAAAGAUUUAUCUGAUGACGAAGAAACGAUGAAUUUGGAUAACAUCGAGAAGGCGCUUUAUUUGGAUUGGUGCUCAAAAACGUUAUGUUAUGCACACGUGAUCUUCGAUGACAUUGUGGAUAACAGCAAGACUCGUUAUGGAAAGCCCUGUUGGCACCGAAGAAGCGAUGUCGGACUGUCGGCCGUUUUUGACGGUCUUUUGAUAGACAAAUCGAUUCAUUAUCUCAUGAAUACAAAAUUCAAUCGCGAUAUUAUUGAUGCCGUUCUGGAAAAGUUAUUCUUCUUGGACGCAGGUCAGACAUUAAACGAUAUGUUGAGCAAAGUUCAUGAUUUAGAUAGCUUCAAUCGAGCAUCAUAUGAGAAAAUGGUAUAUCUUCAAGAUUCCACGAUAAUUACAUUGCCUAUGAGGCUGGCAAUGUGUCUCGCAGGCAUCUCGGAUCAGAAUGCAGUAAAUCAAAUGCAAACCAUCAUAGCAAAGGUGGAAGUGUUGUUUCAAAUGAUGAACGACUAUCAGGACCUGUUUGGGGACGCCGAACUGUUGGGAAAGGAAGAGAGCGAUAUUCAGGAACGCAAAUGUUCCUGGUUUGCGGUCAAAUGUUUGGAAAAGACGAAUCCUGAACAGAAAGAGUUAUUCAAGCAAAACUAUGGUUCUGAGGAUCCUGAAAAAGUUGCUACAAUUAAAGAACUUUAUACUACCUUGCAAUUGAAGGAAGAGUACAACAAGUGUAAAAAUGAGCUGAGUAAAGAGAUUGAAGCUGAUAUCGAAAGAGUUGAACUUGGGAAAUUGCAACGGGCACUUUUUGCUGUGUAUAAAAAAAUUGCGAAUUCAAAUGAUAACCAAGCACACGUAUGAUUUCUACUAGGCUGUGAAGUAUUUUCACAUUCAAAUCAGUCUUUUACUUUUAUAAUUAUUUAUAUUGAUAGAAAAAUCAACAAUUUAGACUUUUGUUAUGCCUCUCAUUAUAUUUAAACUAAAACUUUAAAUUAAGGGGUGGUGAACCGCUUAACGUGAGCGAUGACAUCUAUAACUUUUUAUUGAUAGUUAUAGGUCAAACAGCAUACGACAGUUUCAAUAAAAAAAAGCAAACAAACAGUACGCCCCUUCUGUUCUCUGCAAAAUAGGAAAAAAAUAAUGUUUUUUUUUUAAUCUAACUGGAUCGAAAAAUUCUAUUUAUUGAAUGUUUAGCCGUAUUUGGAAUUGUUGUCGGAGUGAGAGACGGAAACGUUGGAGUCAUCUGGUCGUCGUGGAGUGUAACUAAACCCUUCAGAAGACAAAGUUGAAGUAGUUUCCAGAUUUCAUUUAAAUCACUUUAAGUUAAAUUCUUGAAACUUAUAGCCAUAAUAAGGAGAUUUUUUUUCGAAAUAUGCUCAGUUUUUUGCAACUUGUGUCGGAAUAAACGCCAAAACACUCGACUUGAAUUCCAAUUUAAAAAUAUUCUCUG